GGUUCUGUUAUCGUUGAUAAUAACAUAAGCAGUAAGUUACCCUUCACAAGGUGUUAGUCAUUGAAUAGAUUCGUAUGAAACCGGUCACCGGUGAGGUUCUUAUUACUUUCUUUGUUCAGCUUUCGUCGAGUUAACUGCUUCUCUUACGUUAGAAACCAAGAAUCACAUAAGCCAUGCCAGCUAUACAGAAGCCAGCACCAGCAUUUCGUGGUACCGCAGUUGUCAAUGGCCAAUUCAAAGAGAUCUCACUUUCCGAUUACGAAGGCCAAUACGUUGUGUUGUUCUUCUAUCCUCUAGAUUUCACCUUCGUAUGCCCAACCGAGAUAAUUGCGUUUUCGGAUCGUUCACAAGAAUUCAAGGACAUUGGUUGUCAAGUAAUAGCAGCCUCUACCGAUUCUCACUUCAGUCAUUUGGCAUGGAUUAAUACACCACGAAAACAAGGCGGUCUUGGUGAAAUGACUAUUCCCCUUCUAGCCGAUAAAAGUUUGAAGAUAGCACGUGAUUAUGGCGUACUCGAUGAAGAAUCUGGAGUUCCAUUCCGUGGUCUUUUCAUCAUAGAUGAUAAACAAAAUUUACGUCAGAUCACCGUUAAUGAUUUGCCGGUUGGAAGGUCCGUCGAUGAGACCUUACGUCUCGUGCAAGCGUUCCAAUAUACUGAUAAACAUGGUGAAGUAUGCCCAGCUGGUUGGAAACCAGGCAAGAAAACCAUGAAGCCUGACGUGGUCGCUUCAAAGGAAUAUUUUAAAGAUUCGUAAAUGUUAUUUAAUCAGACGAAUGAAAUCCUAUAUAUGGACAUUUAUAUUCCCAGCAGAUAUUAUCAGAUCCAAUGACAAUAUAAUGAAAUCGCUUUAAUUAAAAUAGAACGAUCAAAUAUUUCUGAUCGAUGAUAAUAUAAUUUCAUUUUUGUAUCACGACAAUACUAAACUUGUGAGAGAGCGAGCAUUUGUUUAUUUAUUAAAACAAAAAAGAAAAAAAAGAGGAAAAGAAAAUCAGUUAAAAGCUGAGAAAACUACGGUGUUUCGUAGUUUUUGUUCAGAUUGCAUCAAAAGGUUGCAUCCGAUAAGAUUCCUUUAUUAACAAUAAACGAAUUUAAUUGUUAUCAAAGUAUACAAAUAGUAUUGACAUCUA